GAGCACAGCACACCGGCAGUAGGUAGCAAGUCAGUGUUGUUUAUUUUGUUGAAAGCCAAAUAUAAAGAGGAAAGGAAUGAAAUCAUUUCCAGCCUCCAGCUGUCCAGGAAAAUACCUGUUUAUAAAUAAAAAUGGGAGAAAGGGGAGAUGUCCCCAUCCUGCAACCUCAGCUGCCAGUGUCAGGGGCCCUGGGGCUCAGGGCUCCUCACCCUCCCUUCCUGGGCCAGCACUUUUCCAUCCAAUGUGGAAUUUUGCCCAGCCCAGGCACUUCCAAGCAGGAGGAGGGAAAUAAAUGCAGCACUCUGUCCCUGCCAAGAGUCCCCAUGUCCCCCGUGGGGGAAGAGCCAGGCAGGGCCCUCAGAGCUGGGAUAUCCCUGGAGCUGCCCAGAAGGGGCCAGGACAGCACCUGGAGCCAGCUGGGGUGCAGGUGGAGCUGGCCUGGAAGGGACCAGAGAUCCCAAGGACCCUUCUCCAGCCCUUUUCUUCUCAUCCUCCUGCCCCCACAGCUCUCCCUGGCCCAGGCAGGGCUGGCUGGGCUGGGCACUCCCGAGGCUUGGUUUUCCUGCAAAGAUUGGAGACAAACUGCCAUGGUUUGUCAGAGGCCUCAGUGCCUGCCCUCGGCUGUGCCAGGCUGCUCUCAGCGUCCCUGUGUGCCAGAUGGCUCCAAAGGGAUUGAAGAGCUUCCCCAGAGGAUCCAGGAGCUGUCCCUUGGCUGCUGGAGGGCACCAGCAGCUCCUCAGCCUGGUCUGGAGCAGCAGCACAGCCAGAGCUCGGCCUCCAAGGGUGGAGAAACCUCCCGGGGAUGCUGCUGCUCCCAGGAGAGUGCCUGGGAAUGGCACUGCCCGGGAAUGCCAUUAUCGUGGAAUGCCACUGCCUGGGAAUGGCACUGCCCCGGGAGGGCAUUGCCUGGGAAUGGCACUGCCCCCUGGGAAUGCCAUUACCUGGGAAUUCCACUGUCCUGGAUUGGCACUGCUCAGGAAUGCCAUUACCUGGGAUUGGCACUGCCUGGGCACACCCCUGAGUGCCAGCACCCAGUGGCAAAGCCUGGACCCAGCCCUGGCUUUCCCUCACCACCCAGACAGGGAGCACUCCUGGCUUCUGCCCCUUCCCAGCCUCCUCUUGCCCCACUCUGGAUUUUUCCCUUCACCCCCUGGAUUGUCACAUGCCAGCACCGGGGCUGCUCUGUCCCCAGCACAGGUGGCUGUGACAGGGAAGGGAAGGGAAGGGAAGGGAAGGGAAGGGAAGGG